GAAAGAGGAAAUGACGUAUUAUUGUGGCGGGACGUCUGAUUUUGGAUUUGUAAACAUAGGGUGGAAAACUUUGACAAAUGACUUGAUAGGUUAACCAAAACACAGAGAAUUAAAACUGCGAGCUCUUAUUAAAGAUUACUCUUGAAUUUAAAGAUUAGUUAGACAAGCCGAAACGUGUUGCAUUUAGUGAUUUUUUAAUCAGUCUAUACCUUCAAAAUGGCAAUGCAACAAUCUCGUCAACAAGCUUCAGCGCAAGCAGAAGAAACUGAAGAAACAUUUGGACCAUUACCUUUAAAGCAAUUAGAGGCAAAUGGUAUUGGUGCAUCAGAUAUAAAGAAACUAGAAGAAGCUGGUUACUUCACAGUAGAGGCUGUGGCAUAUGCACCAAAAAAGAGUCUCUUAGCUAUCAAAGGAAUCAGUGAAGCAAAAGCUGAUAAGAUAUUGGCAGAGGCUGCUAAACUGGUACCUAUGGGUUUUACAACAGCAACAGAAUUUCAUCAGAAAAGAUCAGAAAUUAUUCAAAUCACAACUGGUUCUAAAGAAUUGGAUAAACUAUUGCAAGGUGGCAUAGAGACUGGGUCAAUUACAGAAAUAUUUGGAGAGUUUAGAACAGGUAAAACACAGCUGACCCACACAUUGGCAGUUACCUGUCAGCUUCCUAUUGAUAUGGGUGGAGGUGAAGGAAAAGCCUUGUACAUAGACUCUGAGGGAACUUUUAGACCAGAAAGAUUGUUAGCUGUUGCUGAAAGGUAUGGUUUAUCUGGAAGUGAUGUUUUAGACAAUGUAGCUUAUGCCAGAGCCUACAACAGUGAUCAUCAAACCCAGCUGUUGGUUCAGGCUGCUGCAAUGAUGUCAGAAUCUAGGUAUGCUUUGUUGAUAGUAGACAGUGCUACCUCUCUAUACAGAACAGAUUAUUCAGGUCGAGGAGAAUUAUCAGCUAGACAAAUGCAUUUAGCCAGAUUUCUGAGAAUGUUGUUGAGAUUAGCUGACGAGUAUGGAGUAGCAGUGGUGAUCACAAAUCAAGUUGUAGCACAGGUUGAUGGAGCAGCAGCAAUGUUUGCAGCAGAUCCAAAGAAGCCUAUUGGAGGAAAUAUAAUUGCUCACGCUUCAACAACCCGAUUAUAUUUGAGAAAAGGCAGAGGAGAAACCAGAAUAUGUAAAAUAUAUGACUCGCCCUGCUUACCUGAAGGUGAAGCAAUGUUUGCAAUUAAUCCUGAUGGUGUUGGAGAUGCAAAAGACUGAGAUGCAUAACAGGAAAAAAAAAGAAAUAGUCUGUGCCAAACUAGAUCACAGUGCGGAAGUGAUGUAAUCACUAAUAACUAGUUGGAAAAGAGCUGUUUUGUAACAUUAGUCAGCAUGACAAGAUUGAAUGUAAUUUUUUCAUGCCAUGAGAUGUGUUGAUCAAAUCAGUAAAAUUAUUUAGUGAGAUGUACGAAAAUAUUGUCAUGUUUACUUAAAUGAACUGUUAUACAUAAGACAUUGUUUUCAUUAGAGACUGUGAAUUUUUCUUUUGUAAUCGUUCCCAACUAUUGUGAGUAAGGAUAAUGUGUAUUGCUGUUGAUUGUGCCAUAUAUCUGAAAUGUUUUUUUCCUCCGUUUAUCCAAAAAAAUGUCUGGGUGUAUUUAGUAACCAUAAUGUUACAAGAGUUGUAUACACGGUAUAAAACAUUCUAUUUGUCCAGGAUUUAUGGGUUCCAUUUUACCUCUUUGCAGGUCAAGAUUUUGAAGACUAUGUAUAUAUUUCAAUUGCUUGAAAAAUCUAAAUGAACAGAAACAUAAAUUAGAUAGAAAACUCAUUUAGAUAUGUUAAAAUAUAAACAUUUAAAUUGCUUUACUGUGAAAAAUUUAUAACAUGUUCUUAUAUACACAAAAAUAUAUAAUUGUUUUAAAUAAACGUGAAAAGAACGAAAA